AUGUUCCUGCACCAGCUCGAUCUCACCACCGCACUGCGCCCGUCGCUCCUGCCGGAGGAGACACUACUGUUCGUGCAGGACGCUGUUGGUCUCUAUGAGGGCAAGUUCAAGAUACCACAAUACCAACAUGGCCAGGCCUAUCUGACCUCGCAUCGCGUGUGCUAUGUGGACCACGCGGAGCCGCGCAAGAACUCGGUAGCCAUAUUCCUCAAGGAUGUCGAAAAGACUGAGUUCUACGCCGGCUUUCUGAAGUCUUCGGCGAAAAUUACACUGCUUCCCCAAACCCUUGAAGCAGCUCACACGCGGUCCGUCAGUCCCAACCGCUGCCGGGAGCCCGACCGCGGCGACUCCGCCCCGACACAGCAGCCCUGCACCAGCACCACAGCAAAGCGCUACCUGGAUUUCAAGUCUGGAGGCGCCUUGCCUUUGCCCUCGGCGAAUGGAAUGGUGUCAUGUCCAAGAUGCACGCUCGAGAACCACCCCUCCUUGAGUACUUGCGAGAUUUGUGGUGCUCCGUUGACGACAGCGGUCGACCGACGACUCGACCUAGCCAGAGAUGUCAGCAGACCAGAGUCCCCUGGGCCAUCGUUAGCUGCAACCGCACAGAGCGCCGUGCCUGAAUGCAUCAAGGUUUCUUUCCGUCAAGGGGGAGAGAAGAUAUUCCACGAGCGCUUGAAGAAUGCCUUGGUGCAGCGCAAGUGGCUGCUUCACAGCGCCCCGCCAAUACCAAAGCCUCGGCCAGCUUCAGGAGCAUUCGAGGACAAUUACUCUAUCAAGUCGGAUCAGUCAUCGGCGGAGCCGGAGCGACCUAGAGUUGUCGGCAUAGCAGGCCUAGAGCGGCGAGGCUUGGAACAGAGGCAGAAUAAUGAGGCUAUGAUAGGCAGCGCUUUCGAGGAUCUCGAGGCGCUUAUGACUUCGGCAAAAGAAAUCAUAGCCCUAGCUGAGCAGUUUGCAUCUCAAGCAAAUAUAGGGUCGAAUGGGAACUCUGAAGCUAGCGUAUUAGCGUCACAAUCAGCCUCGGCUCUUGGUCUUGUAACAACGAAGGACAUGCUGGGCACCGGCUCAGGUUCAGAGUCUUUGGAAGGCGGUAUCAUGACCUUGGUGGACCUCUGGGCUGUGUUCAAUCGUGCCCGAGGUGGCGUUGAGUUGGUCAGCCCUUCAGACUUUGAGAAAGCGGCUCGGAUGUGGGAUACGCUCAAACUCCCAGUUCGGUUGCGUCAGUUCAAGAGCGGACUACUCGUUGUUCAAGGUCGCGACAGAACAGACGAGAAGACCAUUGCCAGCCUGCUAGCUUGGCUGCACGGCCUGCAUGAUGAACCGCCUAGCGCGGACGUCACAUGGGACUGGCAGAUGUAUGGUCGUGGUGUCACGGCACAAGAGACAGCGGAGCGAUUCGGGUGGAGCGUUGGAGUUGCGACCGAGGAGCUUGAAAUGGCUGAAGAAGCUGGCGCCUUGUGUCGCGAACAAGGUCUCGAUGGCUUCAGAUUUUGGGAGAACUGGCUAGUCAAGCUCUCCGUUACAUCAGUCGAUGCUUAG